CUUCAGUCUACAAUAAAAAAAGAAGCAAAAUGAUCCUUUCAUGAUUGAAGGUCGUCAGGUUCACUCAGGUUCCUGACCCAUAAUAGAAGUAUCGCGUCUCUCUCUCAACAAAAUCUUGUGCAGUCGAGUUCAUCCCCAUCCCCGAGGGAGGAAGGAAAUAAAAAAAAUAAAAAAAAGAACAACUGAAGCAAUACAUCUACUGUGUGGCUGCUUCCUAACUGCUGUCGUGCACCGCCUGCCUGUCCGCCCGCCUCACGCCUUCUCGACAGACUGAGAGAGAGAGAGAGAGAGAGAGAGAGAGAGAGAGAGAGAGAGAGAGAGAAAAAAAGAGAGAGAGAGAGAGAAGUGGAGUUGGACACACACACACACACACACCGCGUCGCGCGCCCAGAGUGUGUGGGGACACCGAGCUGCGGCAAAAACGCCGGGAAUCUCGCGCGGAAGAAGAAUAAGGAGAUAGGGGAUUUAAAUUAAAAGACCCGACUUGCACGACCGAGCGAGGGAGGGAAGGGCGAGGGGGAGAGAGAGGCCGUUUUGUGUCCUGCUAGGCUGCUGCUGCUUGAGGGGGGCGGAGGGUCGGAGAAUGAGCUAUUCUUGUAGCAGAGAGGCUGUAUGCAAUAGCCAGGAUCCGUCGAGCGCUAAGAUACCCGGCAGCAGUAGUAAUCCGCGCAGUACCGACAGCAGCGGCGGCAGCAGUAUCGGCAGUAGCUCCCGCGGCGGCCAGGCGAACCCACCGGCGACGAUGAAAGUGAAGAAGGGCUGCAACUCGGCGGCCGGGGUCCCCGUUACCACGGAGGAGGACUUGCUUAGCAACUCAGUAAUUACCCCCGAGGAUGUUCUGGGGCUACAGAAGAUCACAGAAAACUACCUGUGCAGUCCGGAGGAGAAUGUGUACAACAUCGACUUCACCAGGUUUAAGAUCCGCGACAUGGAGACGAGCACAGUGCUGUUUGAGAUCACCAAACCGCCCGCCACAGAUAAGUCGGGGGACAAGCGGGACCUGGACCCGAACGCCGGGCGCUUCGUGCGUUACCAGUUCACCCCCGCCUUCCUGCGACUGCGGCAGGUCGGAGCCACCGUGGAGUUUGUGGUCGGCGACUUGCCCAUCAACAACUUUCGCAUGAUCGAGAGGCACUACUUCCGCGAGCAGCUGCUGAAGAGCUUCGACUUCGAGUUCGGCUUCUGCAUCCCCAGCAGCAAGAACACCUGCGAGCACAUCUACGAGUUCCCCCCGCUGUCCGAGGACACCAUGCGCGAGAUGAUCCUGCACCCGUACGAGACGCAGUCCGACAGCUUCUACUUCGUGGACAACAAGCUGGUGAUGCACAACAAGGCUGACUACUCCUACAGCGGGGGCCCCUAGGGGCCCGAACCUGGCCCCCCAC